ACACACAUUAGGUAAGCAAAGCACAAUUUAUAAAAAUGUCUGGGAGAGGUAAAAAUAAAACUCAGCGUAUGACAAUGUCUAGUCGUGCUGGAACUUUGUUUCCAGUUGCUCGAAUUCGUCGAUAUUUGCGAGGCUGUACAUCUAAGAUGCGAGUUGCAGUUGGUGCUCCAGUAUAUCAGGCAGCAGUAAUGGAGUAUCUUUCUGCUGAAAUUCUUGAGUUAGCUGGGAAUGCUGCACGUGACAAUAAGAGAAACAGAAUAACACCAAGACACAUUCUUCUUGCUAUUGCAAAUGAUGAGGAGCUUAAUAAGCUUUUAAAAAAUGUUACAAUUCCAUCUGGUGGUGUAAUGCCUCAUAUUCAACCUGAAUUACUUAAAAAAAAGGAUGGUGGCAAGUUUGUUGUGUCUAAUCAAGAGAAAUUUAAGCCUCAAGUGCUUAAACCAUUAAGCCCUGGAAUUCCUAAAAAAAAGAAAAUCGAGAAAGAAUUUGUUAAGACUGCUACUAAAAAGGCUUUAGAAGCAUCAACAAGUAAAAAAGUUGAAAAGCCCAAGAAAACAAAUGUAAAGUCUGAUCCAGUGUUUGCUGUUUUAUCUGAGAAGAAUCUUUAUCUUGGUCAAAAGCUGACAGUUGUUCAAGGUAAUAUUGCUGAAAUGAAGUGUGAUGCUCUCAUUCAUCCAACUAAUGCUACUUUUAACACGACUGGGGAAGUAGGAAGUGCUUUAUUGAAAGUUGGUGGAGAAGAGCUGAAAAAAGCAAUUAGUGCUUUGCAUAGUUCUCAUGGAGACCUUGCAAUGUCAUCAGCUUUACUUGGCGAUAGUGUGAACUUAAAAGCUAAACAUAUAAUCCAUGUACAUAGUCCUACUUAUGUUAGUGGAGGUAGCUCCGAGGAAGAUCUUGAGAACGUUGUGAAGAACGCUCUUACUCUCGCCGAUGAAAAAAAUGUUGCAGUCAUUGCUUUUCCUUCUAUUGGUAGUGGAAUUAAUAGCUUUCCGAAACAAUUAGCUGCCCAGACGAUUUUAAAAGCAAUAUCAAAUUAUUUUGUUACUGUCGUUUCAUCGUCUUUGAAACAGAUAUAUUUUGUUCUCUAUGAUAUGGAAAGCAUUGGUGUAUAUACGACAGAGCUAGCCAAGCUAGGUUAACUUGUUUGCUAUGUUUAUUACUCAGCAGGGUUAUACUUAACUAAAGAUAAGGAUUUUAAUCUAUUUUAACGAACUAUUAGGAUUUUAACAAACUUUAUUUUUAUGGUAUUCUGUUUUCUUUCUGUAUUGAUAUGGUAUCAACAUUAAAAAUAACCUGCUAACAAUGA